UACUCCUCAGGCUUUGAAGGCAGCGCCUCCGCCUUUAGUCAGGUUGCAUAUUUGUUUUUUCCUUCAGCCUAAUUUGCAAGGCAUAUUACUCUCGGAGUGUCCUGAGUACAAUCACAGAAUCUAUGCAUUUAAACGCGCCUGAGAACCAGUCACUGCGUGUGACCAUGGUGGACGUCUACGUUGUGAAGAUAUUUUCAUUAUAACUUUCGUUUAAAACGUUAAACUUUCGACGAAAAGGACAAAAUGAAUAAGAAAAGAUAUUUUCUGGAGCCUCCAGAAGUCAAAGACUAUCUGGUCAAAGGAGAGAGAUUCACCAUGUGGUCAGAGGAUUCCAGAAAGACCGUUCCUGUCACCAUGAAGAUGGACCCUAAAGGGUUUUUUGUCUACUGGAUGAACCAAAGCAAGGAGACAACAUUCCUGGACGUCGCCACUAUCAGAGAUACUCGGACAGGAAAAUAUGCAAAACUUCCAAAACACCCCAAAGUUCGCAACGUGUUCAACCUGGACUUCCCAGACAGCAACCAUCUUGCCAAGACCCUGACCAUCGUCUCCGGCCCUGACGUGGUGAAUCUCACCUAUCACAACUUCUUCGCCUCCAAAGAGAAAGUGACACAGAACUGGGCAAACGACAUCCUCGCCAUUGCCUACAACCCUGCGAGAAACAAUGCAUGCAGACAAGUCUUCAUGGAGAAAAUAUACGUCCGUAUUUCCCUUCAGACCAACAAGGACGGGAAAAUCCCGGUGAAAAAUAUUUACAAAAUAUUCCCUGCGGAUAAGAAGAGGGUGGAAAGUGCUUUAGCAUCAGCAAACCUCCCUAAAGGAAAGUAUGACACCAUAAAGCCGGAUGUGUUCACUGAGUCCGCGUUCAGGGCCUUCAUGACAAAUCUCUGCCCUCGAACUGAGAUCUAUGAGAUCUUCACUUCCUACUCCACAAAACCCACCAUGACAAAGGAGAACUUCACCAAGUUUCUCAACGAGAAACAGCGAGACUCCCGGCUCAACGAGGAGCUCUUCCCGCGCCUGCGGCCGGACCAGAUCAAGGCUCUGAUUGACAAAUAUGAACCCUGUUUAAGUAAUUCUAACAGAGGGCUGAUCUCUCCAGAGGGUCUUCUGUUCUACCUCAUGGGCACGGAGACAUCAGUUGUCAUGCAGGACAGGCUGGCCAAGUGUCAGGACAUGAGCCAACCUAUACCCCACUACUUCAUCAAAUCAUCCCACAACACAUAUCUGACAGCCGGACAAUUUUCUGGCGUGUCCUCUCCGGAGAUGUACCGGCAGUGUCUGCUCGCCGGAUGCCGCUGCCUGGAGCUGGACUGCUGGAGAGGCAAACCUCCAGAUGAAGAGCCCAUCAUUACCCACGGCUUCACCAUGACAACCGAGAUCCUCUUCAAGGAUGUGAUCGAGGCCAUCGCUGAGAGCGCCUUCAAGACUUCACAGUACCCGGUUAUCCUGUCCUUUGAGAAUCACGUUGACUCGGUUAAACAGCAAGAGAAGAUGGCUAACUACUGCAAAACCCUAUUUGGCGAUGCCCUGCUAACAGAGCCGCUGGACAAAUAUCCUUUGAAGCCUGGCCAGCAGAUCCCCAGCCCGUCUGAGCUCAUGGGCAAGAUCCUCAUCAAGAACAAGAAGGGCGGCGACACAAAACCGACCCAGAAUAAGAAAACCACCACAGGAGCCGCAGAGCAGGCCACAGCCGCAGCUGCACAGGUCACAAACACUGCCCAGGAUCCUGCAAACCCUGCAGAGAACCCUGCAGAUGGGGAAGCAGCUGUGGAGGACAACGAGGAGCAAGAAGACACAGAGGAACAAGACGAGGAGAAGAUGAAGACGUCGGAUGAGGGCACAGCUGGUCAAGAGGUAACAUCGUACGAGGCGAUGUCGUCCAUUGUCAACUACAUCCAGCCCAACAAAUUCAUCUCCUUUGACAAUGCCAGAAAGAAAAACAAAAGUUAUGUCAUCUCGUCUUUUGUGGAGACCAAAGGGGAGGCGAUGAUUUCCAAGACUGCUGUUGAAUUUGUGGAAUACAAUAAGAGGCAGAUGAGCAGGAUUUACCCCAAAGGAACUAGAAUGGACUCGUCUAAUUAUAGCCCCCAGCCUUUUUGGAAUGUAGGCUGCCAGAUGGUGGCGCUCAACUACCAAACAAUGGAUUUCCCCAUGCAGCUCAACAUGGCUCUGUUUGAAUUCAACGGCCGCACGGGAUACCUGCUCAAGCACGACGUCAUGCGCCGCAGCGACAAGAAGUUUGACCCCUUCUGUGACAGGAUUGACACGGUGGUGGCGAGCACGCUCACCAUAAAGAUCUAUUCUGGCCAGUUUCUGUCCGACAAGAGUGUGAAAACGGGGGUGGAGGUGGAGGUGAUUGGGCUGCCCGGCGACCCCAAGAAGAAGUAUCGCACCAAGUGGUCAACCACACCCAACGCCAUUAACCCAGUGUGGAAUGAGGAGCCUUUUGUUUUUGAGAAGAUCCUGCUUCCAGAAAUGGCCUCUCUGAGAAUCGCAGUCCACGAGGAGAACGGAAAAUUCUUGGGUCACAGGAUCAUCCCGGUGGAUGCCAUUCUGUCAGGGUUCCAUCACAUCUGCCUGCACAGUGAGAGCAACAUCCCGCUCACUCUGCCUGCUCUCUUUGUCUUCAUUGAGGUGAAAGACUACAUCCCUGCUGCCUUUGCAGAUUUCACAGAUGCCUUAUUUAACCCAACAAAGGGCACAGAGAAGACCUCUAAGGCUCCAAAGGAGUCAUCCUCCAACUACGUUUCUCCAUAUGAGUUGCCUGUCGUCCAAACAUCUGCGAAUAAAGUCAGUCAAAGCGAAGCCCCCGUCACAGAAUCACCAUUGCCUGCAGAAUCUCCCCAGUCUCCACCAGAAGCAAGUGCAGAGAAAGCUAAAGAAGACACAGCAGAUUCUCCACAACCUGCAGAGGAGCCUGACUCUGCUGCUGCUGCUGCUGCUGCUGCUGCUGCUGCUACUGCUGCUGCUGCUGCUACUACUGCUGCUGCUGCUUCUGCUUCUGAAGAGCCAGCACCAGAUGCCAGAACAUCUGAAACACUUCCUGAAGGCACUCCUUCUUCCACCGAGGAGACCGAUCCUAAAAAUGCAGAGGCCCCUGAGAAUGAGGUAGCUUAUCACUCUAACACAAAUCCCGAUCCUGCGGUGGAUGAAACGGCUCGUCCAGAGGAAGCCCCAGCAGAGCCUGCAGCUGUGGCCAGUGCAUCGCCUCAGUCUGCGGGAUCACAGAAAUCAGCUCCGCUACCGGCAGACGGCGAAGAGCCCUCGACUGUGACUACUGAGGAACUGACACAGCACAAGAACUAUCUGAAGGUCGUCAAGCGCCAAGAGCGAGAGCUGAAAGAAGCUGAAAAGAAAUAUCAGAAGAAAGCCGAGGACCUGAUUCAGAAAUUCAGUGACUUGUUCAAGGCCAUGAAGAAGAAAGAAACCUCGCUGAAGAAGAAGGAGGACGAGGGAAGCACCUCUGACCCCGGUGUGAAGAAGGAGCGGGUGCAGGAGCAGAAGGAGAAAAUGCAGACCGAGCUGCAGUCCCUGUGGAAAGAGCAGUGUGAUCAGCUGAGGAAGAGGAAAGAGCAGUUUGCUACAGAGAGACUGGCUAAGCUGUUGGAGAUGACCACAGAGAGACACGCGUGCGAAGUGAAGAUCCUGGCGGAGAGUGAAACCAGUGAAAAUAAGAAGAAAACAUCCUCUAAAUGUUCAUCCUCCUCAAAGAAAACAAAGCUGAAAAGGGCUAUGAGCACAGAGCUGCUGGAUGAAACGUCUGAUUGUGCUCCCUCAGAUUUCAGCCCGCAGCAAGAGGCUCUGAUGAAGAAACAGGCCGCGACUCUGGAGGAAAUCAAGACCCUCACCAAUCAGCUCAAUCAGGAGGCUCUGAAGGAGCAUGCGCAGAGGCACAGAUCUGUGCCGGCAGAGGCGAGGGACGCGGUGAACGUCUGUGUGAGCGCUCACUUCCCCGAACACGUCGACCAGGCCGGGGACAAGAAGGAGGAGGGAGUCUCCGGCUACGGAGACGUCUUCCUCGGCUAAACGUCCUCGUCACAUCUUUUUAAAAAAGAAGAAUUUAAAAGAAAGUAGGUAUGAAUUAGUAAAAUAUUCAAUGUCCAUUUAGAUUUAGGUGUGAUUUUUAUAGAGAGAGAGAGAAUUCUUUAGUGGACUUUUAUGUAUGACCAAAUGCCAGGAAGGUGAAUUAUUUUAAUGUUCCUGUUAGAUCUAUUUUAGUUCGGCCCACAAUUAUCUUCCAGAUGAAGAUGCAAUCCCUCCUUCUCUUUUUAUUAAUUAGUUAGAAAAAAUUAGAAAUGGGUUAAAAAAAACAAAAACUCAGAAUAAAUGCUGCAGCAAAAAUGGUUCUUGAAUCCAAACAAUUAGUCCAUGAGUGCAGUUUUUAUUUUGUCAGUCUUCAUGGACCCACACGGAAAGUGAGAAUAUGGCGUGUUGAUAUAACAAAGGACAUUCUGCAGAGUGAAGGAGAAGCACACUUAAGAACACUGAACAUCCAUGUUUGUCCAACUGUACAAUACACGCAGUGAAGAUUGUAUUGUUUUAUUGUGUGUUUAAAUAAAAGCAAUGUACCCUUGA